AUGAUUUUACCAAGCAACGAUCCACUAGUAAAGUUGCUGGUAGAAAAAAUACAUAAAGACAAUUAUCAUUGUGGCGGCCAAGCAUUGCUGGCACAAGUGAGGCAGCGUUUUUGGCCCCUCAAAGGAAAAAGCUUGAUGAGAGCUGUAAUACAACAAUGCUUAAGAUGCAGAAGAGCAAGUCCAAUUGUGUACAAUCAAAUCAUGGGAAAUUUGCCUGGACACCGUGUGCAACCAGCUCGACCAUUUCUCAGCACUAGAGUUGAUUAUUGUGGCUCAAUAUGGGUUCAUUACAAAACAAGAGGCAAGCGUCCACAAAAGGCGUAUAUCGCUGUCGUUUGCUGUUUUGCAACCAACAUCGUACACUUAGAACUUGUGACUGAUCUGACCACAGAUGCAUUCAUUGGAGCAUUAAAACGCUUCAUAGCAAGACGAGGACGCUGUAAAACAUUAUACUGCGACAAUGCGACCAACUUCGUUGGAGCGAAAAACAAGUUGCAGGAACUGACUGACGUCAUCAACGCUGAUCGAGCGAGGGAAUCAAUUGCAGGAAUGUGCAGUACGAAAGGCAUAGAAUUUCACUUCAUUCCACCAAGGUCACCACACUUCGGCGGGUUAUGGGAGACAGCAGUAAAAUGUGCCAAAUAUUUGCUGGUCAAAAAUGUUUCAACAGCAUCACUUACAUAUGAAGAGCUUGAAACUGUCGUUAUUGAAGUUGAAGCAGUGUUGUACUCAUCAGAUGCAAACGAUUUGAACGGAAUAACUCCAGGUCAUUUUUUUAUAGGUGAAGAAAUCACUUCAAACGUUGAUGUGCGUACACGUGACUCUAAAGAAAAAUUACUUAAACGCUGGCAACUGUAUCUAAGCGAAUUGCAACAGCGCCACAAGUGGAAGGGUCCAAUCACCAACAUACAGACCAAUACGACGGUAAUCCUUAAAGAAGACAAUGUCCCAGUUCUGCAAUGGCCUUUGGGACGCAUCAUCAAGGUUUACAAAGGCGAAGAUGGUUUAGUGAGAGUUUGUGACAUUCAAACAAAAAAGGGAGUAUUUAAAAGACCGGUGCAUAAAUUAGCUCCAUUAUUUCCUGAAGACGAUAAAUUAGAAGAUCCAACCUUUGGAAAAAUUACUGAAAGAAAAAUCGAAUCAGAACAGACUCAAGAAACUCCAAGGUCACCUCCCGUGUCGCUUAUCGUAAGCAUUCCAUUAAAUCGUAUCAGAAAACCUGAAUCAUUAGUCAAUGGGAUAACUCCAACAAAACGAUCAUGUCUGAACCCUGGGUUGCUGCUCACCAUUAUUACUCUACUCAGUUUGCCACUUGCACUAUGUAGUCCCGUCAAUAUAACAACCUUCAACAACAAACCUGGCAUUUAUUUUAAGCAGCUUAAACCAGUCAAAAUCAUGUCUGCUGAUUGGAAAAUGAUUGUAUAUUUUGACCUUUCCCCAUACCAACAACAAAUGAGUAUUUUAGCUGAUGGAACAAAAAGGUUGAACAAUUUAUGCGACAAGGCAUUGGAUAACACUGCUUGCAAGGUAUUACUCAACUAUUUUGACCGUAUAACGGAGGAAAGAAUAGCAAGAGGAGCUAUAGACAUUGUCGGAAAUUUUGCCAAUUCAUUGUUUGGUGUCCUCGACUCAAACUUGUAA